UCUAACCAGGUUCUGCAGGUAGCCUUAGAGACUGGUUUGAAAAAGUUUGUAACUGUUGACGCUUCAAGUCUGAUUGUUGUGUACAGUUUGCCGAUAUCUAGCAGUCUGAGUUGCAUUUUUUUUUUUACCUUUUCACCAAUUAAUCGUUUGGUACUCGACAACGUGUUAGUGCAAUGCCAACGUGAUCAAAUUUCAGUUUUGUACAUAAUUUCUUAAAGGCAUUCCUCAAUUUCUAAGACAUUGGGGUGUGUGCAAGUGUGUGUGUGUGUGUGUGGAGGGCCCCACCCUGAAAUAGCUAACCACGCCGUGUUCCACGACAUUGUUUUCUUCUCAACAUUUCAAAGGCCUAAAUUUCGGGCGUGUGCUGUCCAGUGAUGCGAUAGAAGCAUAGAUCUCGCCAUUCUCCAAGAAAAAAGCAGCUAAACAUAAAUAAAUAUUUCUUGGAACAAUGAAGCCUUUCUUCGGUGCCGCAUCGUCCCUUUUUGUUUUACUUUUGCUGGAUUCGACAGCCGCCCAACAGAGCGCCCCGACGCAACCGACUCGUAUCAACUUUCAGGAUACCAGCAGAGACAACAAUCAAAGGCCAAAUCUGUUUAAUAACAAUAUUGACCCGUUCGCCCGCCGGCCUUUUGGCGUUGGGGACAACACAAACGCUAUCUUUGAAGAACCGACUUACUUCAUCGUGGCCAGUCGGAUCGUUCGGCCCAGCCAAAUUUAUCGAGUUGCCGUCUCGAUUUUGAGCUCGCCGAUCACCCUGUCGGUCCGUGCCUCCAUUUUACGUAAUGGCGUGGACAUUGGCUCGGCCACGCAAGAGUGCAAGCCGGGCAUUCCGGAAACUCUUCUCAUUAAAAUACCGAGCACAACGGUUCCAGGCCAGUACCGACUCCGCGUCGAAGGAAACACGGAUCGAGCCCUGGGCGGCACCGCCUUCCUCAACGAAACCAUUCUCAACUUUUCACAACGUUCCAUGACGAUUUUCAUUCAAACGGAAAAACCCGUCUACCACCAGAGCCAAAUCGUGAGGUUCCGGACGAUACCGAUCAACACGGAGUUGCGUGCGUUCGAUGAUGCCGUCGACGUGUACAUGAUUGACCCCCGCGGGUUCGUCGUACGCCGUUGGCUCUCUCGACAGUCCAACUUUGGUGCCGUCAGCCUGGACUACGCCCUGUCUGACCAGCCCACCUUCGGCGAGUGGACGAUCCGCGUGACGGCCCAGGGCCAGACCGAGGAGGAGCAUUUCCACGUUGAGGAAUACUACCAGACGCGAUUCGAGGUCAACGUCACCAUGCCGGCCUUUUAUUUCGAUUCGGAUGACUUUAUCCAUGGAACUGUCAUGGCCAAUUACACGAGCGGCGCGCCCGUCCGAGGCAAUCUGACCCUUAAGGCCACGUUCAAACCCCUCCGAUUGAACGCGCCGAUCGUAGGCCGCCCAGGCAUUCGCGACUCGGUCAUAGAACGUAAUCUCACCUUCAAGGAAGUUCGAGGCGGAUGGUUCACUCCACACACCCGCGAGGGAUCAGAAGUCCUCAGAGAUUUCCGAGGCUUCUACACUUUUAAAUACCCCAUGGCAGAACUCCAACGAAUGGUGCCCAAACUGGAUGGAAUUGAAUUGCGUAUUACGGCCAUCGUCGGCGAUCGCUACCGUGAAGACUACGUCGAAGGAUUUUCAACGGCUCGCAUCUACAACUCUUCGUUGAAGCUCAACUUUCUUGGCGGAAGUCCACAAGUCAUCAAGCCGGCCAUGCCUUUCACUUGUUUCCUGGCCGUGUCUUUCCACGACGGAUCGAUCCUGCCUGCGGAACGUUUUAGAUACGACCGAUUAGAGAUCCGGCCGACGGUGCAGUUCCGUUCGAGCGCUUCCCGCACGCUAGAAGCCCGUGAGGCUAAAGCUUUGCCGGAACAGCCGGGCAUUUGGGAGUUUACGAUUGAUUUACGGUCCGAGCUUGCUCAGAGUACUGGAAGCAAUGUCGGGACGGGCGAUAAACGCGUUAAAGAUUUAGUAAAUGAGAUCAGUGCCCUUAAACUAACGGCCAACUAUAAAGACGGAUACGGAGAGCGGGCCUCUGCCGAAUUACUGGCCCUUACUCACUAUUCAAUUGGCGAUAAACAUAUCAAAGUUCUCACAUCUACCAGAGGCCCAAAAGUGGGUGAAUACCUCAUCCUGCACGUGAGGACCAACUUUUACGCCGAGACCUUCAAUUACAUUGUCAUAUCCAAGGGUAUUGUUCUUUUGACGGGCUCUCAUGGCAGUUCGCCCAGUGUGACGACACUGGCCAUCCCUCUGAGCGCCGAGAUGGCUCCAGUCGCUACGGUUGUCAUCUACCACGUAGCCAAGUACGGCGAAGUGGUCGCCGACAGUCUCACCUUCCCCGUCAACGGAAUUUCCAGGAAUAACUUUACGCUCACUCUCAACCCGAUGAAAGACAAAACCGGCGACACGGUCGAAGUUGUCGUUCUCGGCGAUCCUGGCGCCUACGUCGGAAUUUCAGCUAUCGACAAGGGAUUUUUCAACAUGCAGGCUGGAAAUGAACUGAGUUACGCAGAAGUCAUUACGAAAAUGACGUCAUUUGAUGAAUCUCUUAACGGAACAUUGAGGCAUUACUGGACGUCCCGCGAAGGUGAUGCUGAGACGGUGGUUAAUUAUCCAGCUUCUACCUUUGGCAUUGAUGCUAAUCGCACGUUCGAAUAUGCUUCCUUGGUCGUCUUCACCGACGCCAACGUUAUUCGAAGGCCGGAUUCCUGUAAUAUCACACUCGGCCUUUUGGCUUGCAUGUCUGGAUCUUGUUACCGAUCGGACCGUCGUUGCGACGGCCAGUACGAUUGCGAAGAUAGAUCUGACGAAGCAGGUUGUCCAUCAUAUCAGCGUCAAGAAUUGGCCGAAUACCGUUUGAAGCGAAUCAAUCGUCUGCUCCGCAUGUACGAGAACUCUUGGCUGUGGAAGGACAUCAACAUCGGCCCGCACGGCCACUCGAUCUUUACCGUUCAGAUUCCGGAAAUUCCGACUCAUUGGGUCGUUUCGGCUUUUUCCGUCAGCCCCAAAAACGGUUUCGGUUUGGUCAGGCACGUCCGCGAGUUUGCCGGAUACCGGCCGUUCUACAUGAACGUUGAAAUGCCGACCAAUUGUCGCCAAGGUGAGCAAGUCGGUAUCAGGAUCACCCUCUUCAACUACGCCACCAUCGAAGCCGACGUUGUUGUCACGCUUGCCGAUUCGCCCGACUACAAAUUCGUUCACGUCGAAGAGUUUGGUGAAGUCAAAUCUUACGAAGCCAGAACGUCGCGUGGUGAAAAGCAGCAUCUCACCUGGAUUCCAGCUCAAGGCUCUCAGGUGGUUUAUAUUCCCAUCGUGCCAACGAGACUUGGCGAUAUCGAAGUCACUAUUCAGGCCAAAUCGCUGAUCCGCAAAGAUCAAGUCGUCCGUCGCGUCCGAGUGGAAGCUGACGGUGUGCCGCAGUUCCGUCACACAUCCGUCAUGCUUGACUUGAGUAACCGCGCCUGGUUCUUGCAAUACGUUUACGUCAACGUCACGGAAACGCCCAUCAUUCCGUACGAGAAGGAUCGUUACUACGUUUUUGGCUCUAACAGAGCCCGAGUUUCGGUUGUCGGUGAUGUCGUCGGCCCGGCUUUCCCCACUAUGCCCGUUAAUGCCACUUCGCUCUUGACCCUUCCGAUGGAUUGCGCCGAACAGAACAUGUUCAGUUUCGCCGCUAAUCUUUACACCGUCAAGUAUAUGCGUUUAACUACCCAAAGGAAACGUGAAAUCGAUCGUCAGGCGUUUUACCAUCUGAAUAUCGCGUAUCAACGUCAGUUGUCGUUCCAGCACAGAGACGGCGCCUUUUCGUAUUUCCGAGCCGAUUGGGAAUAUUCGUCCAAAUCCGUUUGGUUAACGGCCUUCUGCGCCCGUAUAUUGGCCGAAGCCAAUUUCAACGAGUGGGAAAAUUAUUUGUACAUCGAUCCGGGUGUCAUUGCAAAGGCGGUCGACUGGAUGAUCCAGUUCCAGUCGCCCGAAGGAGCCUUUUACGAAGUGGCGCCGCGUUUCGCCGAUCGUAAAAUGAACAGUACGACAUCGUGGGGCUUCAAUGACCCCAUUCGACAUCGCAACAUAUCUCUCACGGCUCAUGUCGUCAUCGCCUUAACGGUCAUUCGGGAUUUGCCCGGAGAAUUAGGCCCAAGAGUGGCCGUCUCCCGUUCCCGCGCUAUCUCUUGGCUCGACCGUAAUCUUAACUUACUGGAUCGCGCUGGUGAUCCGUACGAAGUGGCUAUUGUAGCCUACGCCAUGAUGUUGGCCAAGAGUACGUCGGCGGAAGCGGCUUUUGGCCUUCUGCGUCGACACGCUCGCGAAGAUGGUGGUUACAUUUAUUGGGGUCGAGAACCUGUUCCCUUACCAGCGCAAAGGCUUGAAAAUCAAAGGCCUUUCCUCCUUCCCCGAUUGCCUAAUCCGUUUGACGCCACCAAUGUCGAAACUACAGCUUACGCUUUGCUGACGUAUGUUGGACGUCAAGAGCUUUUCGUUGAACCCAUCGUCAAAUGGCUCAAUACGCACCGGUUGACUGAUGGGGGCUGGGCUUCCACUCAAGAUACCAUCAUCGCUACACAGGCCUUGAUUGAAUAUACGGUACGUCACCGUAUUCGUGAAGUGACCUCGCUAACUCUUCACGUGGAGGCGACGUCAAAUCCUCAGUUACAACGGACCAUGUACAUAACGGAGCAGAACCUGGCCACACCCCAGUUUAUGGAGAUUCCAAACGCUUGGGGUACUGUCAAGAUUCAAGCACGUGGUGCCGGUUACGCCAUCGCCCAGCUUUCUUUGCAGUACAACGUGGACGUCAACCGUUUCGUAACACCGCCGGCGGUGAAGGCCUUUUCCGUGUUGCCUCGCUUAAGUUUCUCAGGUCGCAACAACUCGCACAUCACGUACGACAUUUGCUCGAGCUGGACGAACCAGCGGGAAUCGAACCAGUCUGGCAUGGCAGUGCUGGACGUGGCCGUCCCGACGGGCUACUACAUGCAACAACAGGUGCUGGAUGAGUACAUCCUCUCUAGAAAGGUCCGCAAUCUGCGACGGGCCAAAUUCCUCGACCACAAAGUCGUCUUCUAUUUUGACGCCCUGGACGGCGAUGAUACUUGUGUCAAAUUCACAUUCGAGCGCUGGCUUCCAGUAGCCAACAUGACUCGCUACUUGCCCGUCCGCGUCUACGACUACUACGCUCCCGAGCGGUUCAACGAAACGGUCGUCGAAACUUACGAACUUUACGUUAUGGACAUUUGCCAGGUAUGCGGCAGUUAUCAGUGCACCUAUUGUCCCACCUACAAUCACGCCCCCAAAGGUUUAAUGACUUCUCCGCUGGUAAUGAUUGCCGCCCUAAUCUCUCUCCUCUUGACGGCUGCACAUCACCGAUGAACAAAUGUUUCCCUUCCUUCUUAACGAGAUUAUCCACUGCUUAAU